AUGAGUUCAGAGGAUAAGAAACACAAGAACAGGCUGAUCCUUCGUGGAGUCAAGCAGAGUAGCCCUCUGGGAACAGGUCUCUUUAUAGGCCUCCGCAGUCUCGACCCGGUCCUUCAGUAUGGUCUCCUUGCCAAAGGCAUUGCCGCCCCUGCUAUACACAAGCUCGGAGGAAAGACUUUGGCCCAAGGGCCCCCAGUCAUCACAAAUACAUUCCUCGAUGGUCUCGCUCUGUCGCCCUAUAGAUUAAUCCUCCUCGGCAUGGCUGCAGGCAGCGCCAUCAAGCAAAACUACUGGCUUGUCGGCGUUUGUCAAGAGGAGUUCCCACCAUUGUCUGCCAUUGAGGUCUCGGUUUUCAACACUGUCUUCAAUUCCGUCAACUCGCUGCUCUUUACCUGCUCCAUGACCUCUGCUUCGGUCAACGGCGAACACUUCCCGCAGACCCNNCCCCUGCUAGUCGGCUCCGCAUUAUAUCUUGUCGGCAUCUUCACCGAGACCUUCUCCGAAUGGCAGAGGCUACAGUUCAAGAAGGACCCUGCAAACAAGGGCAAAGUCUACACCGGAGGCCUAUUCCGGUUCGCAAGACAUAUCAACUAUGCAGGAUAUACACUCUGGCGUGCUGGCUACGCCUUGGCUGCCGGUGGCUGGACCUGGGGAGCCAUCGUUGGCGCAUUCUUCUCGUACAACUUCAUCUCUGAUGGUAUACCCGAGCUGAACAGAUAUUGCCAUGAGAGGUACGGCGAACAAUGGCAGAAUUACAGAAAGCAGACUCCCUACAAGCUCUUCCCAUACAUCUACUGA